UUAAAAAUUCAUCUUAUUUUUUAGCAAAUUUUAAAUAAAUUUUAAAUUAUUUUCAUAUUUUAACCCCAACUGGUUAGACCACCAAAAGUCCGCGCCUUGCUUUGUUUAGGUUGGUUUAGGUUAGGUUCAUUACCAAAGAAAUAUCGUACAUUUUAUCAAAAAUGUCUCAAUUAACUCUUGACGAAAUGCUUAUUAGAUAUCCUGAGUGCAUUAGAAGUAAUCUAAAAGAACUUGUUACAAAUGGAAUUGGUUUAACAAAAUCUUUGAUUCAAAUAAAACUUCCAUCACUUAAAUUGUUGGAUAACUAUGAUAUAAACUGCAAUAAUUCAAUAAUAUUGGAUUUACCUUAUGCAGGCAAAUUCCUUUCGGUGGAAAUUAUUUUCAUUGAUGAAGAUUUAACAUUUCCUCCCGAUUUUGAUAUUUUGAAUGAUACAUUUUUGGAUGAUCCGGAUGUUGAUUUGAUUGAAAAGCAUUUGCCUUCACUUACUGAUUGGUCUUUGCAAAAUCCCAAAUCACUAUUAAAUUUUAUUAUUCAAUUACGUGAUUUGUAUAAAAAACAUCAAAUCGAGAAGUUUUUGCAGGAUCCAAAGUACUCCUUUCAACCUGACGAUUAUAAUUUAUUGAAAAGUCAGUGUAAACUAAAUGAUAAUGAUAUGGAAUUGCUCAUUGGAAAUAAUACACUACACAUUUUGAUUUCUCUGAAUUUAGAUUUUACAACAUUUCCAAAAUAUAUUUAUAAGAAGUAUUUUGAUGAUGGAAAUUUGGAAAAUCCUAGUAAAGAUCAAGUAAUUUUAAAAAUUAAUUUUGGUUAUAGAACGAGCGUGAGCUUACAACUUUCACCAUUAAUUGAUCGCUUUUUUUCUAAUUUUUCUCCGUUAGAUGUACCAAAACAUAACGAAAGUAUGACACUUCCAGAAUAUUUUGAAAUAGUUCGAACAACUUUAGUAGUUAAGAUGAAAAAUAUUGAAAUGAUGUUUAAGAAGAAAGAAAACUAUAUUUCUUUAUUAUUAUCUGCAUUGGGGGAUAAUAUCAUUGAAUAUGAUAGUAUUUCAUUUACAGAAGCCACAUUUUUGUUCGAAGCUGAUUCAUUUGCUUGUUUUGUGAAAUUCUGUUUGAGUGACAACUUUCCAACUACAAAACCCUCAAUAACUUUUCGUUCCAUUUACCAUCAAAUUUCUGGAAUUCCCAUAACUUUUAUGCUUCAAUCUUAUCCUUAUAGUCCAGGAUGGGAUGUGAAGCAGAUGGUUGAUAAAACAUUGAUAAAAAUUCAGGAAAAUAUGCCACAAUUUAAAACUUAUUGUUUAAAUAAAAUGUCUUAACUUUAAU